AUGAAUCUAAACAAAGAUCCCAAUAAUGGUAUCAGCCUUGAUCUCUCCUUGGGAAUCAAUGAUCCUCAAGAACAAGAUCCGGAUGAACAAGACGAGGAACCAGAUCCCAUGGAAGGACAAAGCAAGCUCAUGCAACUUUUGAGCUCAUCAAACGUUCAACCUUCUCUUCCUCCUCCUCAAUACUACAACAACAUCUCCGGGACGGCUUUUCCUCCGUCUCCACCGCUUGCAGUGCCUCUUCCGCCAAUUCCAUCGCCUUUUGGAUAUCCACCGUCAGGACAACUUCUUCAGCCUCCUCAAGCGAUCCAAGGUGGACCUGUGGCCGUGGAGACUCCUCGACAAGGAACAAGGUUAGGUCGGCCACCAGCUGGUCAUCAAGCACGUCGUAACUCAUCGAGAGCCGUGGUUGGGGUGGAAAGAAACGCCGGUGAAAAGGAGAUCGUACCACCGUAUCCAUGGGCCACGAC